GACCUCAUGGUUCUCAUUAGCACUGACACACCUCCCCUAGCUAGGGUGUAUUGCUACAUGGUAGCUAGCUAGCUCAGUACAAGGUUAUAGUGCAUGUUAUAGAUUAUAAGCUCAGCCAUGAGCUGUUUAAAGAUGCUUUCUUUGGUUGCCAUUGUUCUCACAACUCUGCAGCUCUCUUCAGCUCAGGACUGUGUCCGUGCUAACUCUGAUGGAGCGGACAGUUUGCCUAGCUUUUCAGACCCAGGAGGAAAUGCCCCUCGAAUUGAAGUGAAUCCGAUCCAAGCCAUUAUUAAAAGCUACGAGUUCCACUGCUGUGGGAAAGUUGGUGGUUGGGCUGCGUAUGUGGAGCCUGGUGGUGGUGGUCAUACUACUGCGUACUCAAUAAAGUUCCAGAUAUGGAGGCCUAUGGGGAACAACAUGUUUAUGAAAAUUGGAGAGAAUUCAUUUCCUUCACUAACUCUGGGUGAUGCUAGUCUCAUUGAAGAAGCACUAACCAACAGUGAACAACUUGACUUCCAACAAGGAGAUGUAGUCGGCUACUAUCUUGAAGACAGCAGCAACCAAAAUGGAGGUGUGCAAUUUGAUACCGGGUUCACUUCUGAAGAGCUAUGGUAUGCGACUGGUAACCCUGACCUACAAACUGAGUGCUUACUGGAAGUGGGCAAUGCAGGGGACCUCAGCAUGUCUGCAAGCCUUGGACCAAUCAUCUCAAUAUCACUUACAACCACUAUUAAUGAUAACUGCCCCUCCACCUUCACCUCGACCAUGUUCUGCCCCACUCCCACCUCCAUCCCCACUGGACCUGGUACUCCAGUGGUUGUAGAUGACUGUCUGAUGGCAACAGAUGGCACCCACCCUCUACCAAACUUUGUCAGACCUGGUGGUGGGGGAGAGCCACGGUUUGAGGUGACACCAGUACAGGUCAUUAUACCUAGCUACCAGUUCGACUGUUACGGACAAAUCACCGAGUGGAAAGCAUUUGUGGAAAGAAGUGGACGUGGACAUUUUGGCGAUCAGCCUUAUUCCAUUACUUUCCAAGUGUGGAGACCAAGCUCACCCCCUGAUGGUCAAUACACUAUUGUUGGUCUUAAUGAUUUCUCACCCAUUUUACUGGCUGAUCCUGAUGUUGAUAAUGGCGUUAACCAAGGAAUAGUGACUGGGGUACCACUAGAGAGUGAGAGGAUUGAGGUCCAACCAGGAGAUGUGGUCGGGUUCUAUUUUUCAAGUAGUCGAGAUGACGAUAAUGGUAUCCAGUUUGCUAAACCUAGUGACAAUGCAAGUCCGUAUGCAGCAGAGACUGUUUGGUUUGGUUCUACUCGUUGUUCUACACUCGACCCACCUUGUGUGUAUUCGGCUGGUGAUUUCAGCGCCAUGACUAACCUUGCUCCACUUAUCACUGUGACAGUUAUGAGCACUCCGACCAUCCCAUCCUCCAUCCUACUGCCACAAGUCCCCUCCUCCACUAAUGUGAAUGCUCAGACCAGUUCAUUCGCACCUCCCCCCUCAAGCACACCCCCUGUUGUCAUGCCUCCUGUCUCCACACCCACCGCUGCUGCACCCCCCACUUCAACCCCCACCGUGAUCUCUACGCCCCCUGUCUCCACAUCCUCUGGUGUGGCUUUAUCCUCUAUUGAUUGCGAUGCAUCCAUGGCUUGCCCGGUGUCAUCAACUGCCACAACUUCCACAAUGAUGGUGCAACGAACUCCCCUGGGUACUCCCGCCCCCACCCCCACUCCUUCCCCCUCCACCACCUCCACUUCUGACUCCACUUCCGACUCUACCUCCACCACUGACUCCACCUCCACCACCACCACUGAGUCCACCUCCGAGCCCCCUCCUGACACUAAUGCUGCUACAACCACACAAGCUCCCCCUGCUCAGACUAGUGGAAACAGUGGCCUAAUCGUAGGGUUUGUGGUGGCUCUACUAGUCAUUAUUGUAAUUGCUGUGUCGGCCAUUGUGAUUGUUGUGGUCAUCAUGAAGAGGAGGCAGAGCAAGCAAGGCAGUAUGGACACCACCGCAUGGUCCAACCCAAGCUAUGAAGAUCCUGCGAACAUUACCAAACCAACAAAGAAAUCGAAGCAGAAGCCUAAAGCCAAGCCACUGGUGCUCAACGUGAAUGGAGACAACUCAGUGUACGAUGUUAUAGGGGGUGACUAUGAGGGAAUCCCCCCAGCACUGGACUACACCUACCCCACACCCUCACCCACUGUGAAAUAUAAUCGUAAAUCGGAAGAAGUGUUUGUUUCUGAUGGAAAGGGAGGAGCAGCGUAUCACGAUCAGGGACCCGAUGUUGGGAAUGUGUAUGACUAUUGUGGCAAUGGAUCAGUUUAUCACACGUUGGAGUCCAGUGGUCAGUACGAGGACCAGGAGGAGUCUAAUCAAUACGAGGCUCCAACUCUACCAAAGUUUAGGAAGAGCACUCUCAAGAACAGUCCAUUUGAUGGCCAUGGCACCUACGUACCCACACUGGCACAGCGCCAGAUCAUGGGGGCUCACUAUGAGUUGCAGGAAGGAACUGAAAGUACACAAACAUACAACACUCUCAACUUCUUUGUGGAGGAUCAGGUAUUCUGGGCCCCUGCUGACACAGCUAAUGACCUCUAUCAGCAACUGGCUAGUAAGAAGUACCGGGAGAUCCCUCGCACGGAAGUCACUAUCCUGGAGCAGUUGGGCUCUGGUCAGUUUGGACAAGUGUGUAAGGGCAUAUGGUCCAUCUCUGGCAACUCUCUACAGCUGGCUGUAAAGACGCUCAAACCAGACGCUCCCUCAGGAGACAAAGUCAAGUUCCUCCAGGAGGCGGCCAUCAUGGGCCAGUUCCUGCAUCCCAACGUGGUCAAGCUGUACGGAGUGGUCACUGUGGGGGAACCAGUGAUGAUAUGCCUCGAGAUUAUGUCUAAUGGAGAUCUCAGAAGUUACCUCAGAAGCAUUGAUGCUGGUUCCAGCUCUUCAAGAAGCUCGCACGAUCUUCAACUCUUGUUUCUGAGAUUUGCCAAGGAGAUAGCUGCUGGGAUGGAGUAUCUCUCAACCAAAGCGUUUGUGCAUCGUGACCUAGCUGCCAGGAAUGUGCUCAUCAAUGAAGCUCUGUCAUGCAAGAUUGGAGACUUUGGAAUGGCCAGAGAUCUGAUGGAUGAUACCUACUACACUUCAAAGGGAGGCAAGAUCCCUGUCAAGUGGACUGCACCAGAGGCUCUCUUGUACAAGAAGUACUCUACAGACAGUGAUGUAUGGAGCUACGCAAUGGUGCUGUUUGAGAUAUGGUCUGUUGGUCAGAAACCAUUCUCCAUGCAUACCAACAACGAGGUCCUCAAGCUCAUACAGAGUGGGCACCUCCAGGCCCCACCCCCGGGAUGCCCCCGGGAAAUAUACAAACUCAUGGUCGACUGCUGGAACCCUGAACAUCAGUACCGACCUAAGUUUGGUGAGAUCAGCUCUCAGCUCCGUGCCCCUGCCACUAAGCUGCUCUACUGGUCUGCUCAAGACAGCAAGCUCUCAGAAGGGGCGGCUGUACUCGGAGCAUCGCUGGAGGAGGGAUACAAGCUGCACGACGAUUUGAGAGAGAAAUACAAACAAUAUGAAUCCAUUUGAACACUUAUACAUAAGUGCUUUGUUUAUCUGUAAUAUAAUAUGUUUAACCGUCAUUGCACUGUUGCCUUGUAUAUAGACCCCACACCUACUUAACUUAUGCUCACUUUUUAUCUCACACAAAUUCUCAUGCUUAUAAUAAUAUUAUUGUGCGGCAUUA